AUGUCGACGCCGGGUCAGGCCCAGCCCACUGGGCAACCUUCGGCUGCUAACCCAUCUGCGCCCGCCAGCGACAACAACAGCGACGCCGCUACCCAGCCUUCAUCCCCUGCUGAGCAAUCGUCUCCUGCGGAAGCAGCUGCGACCUCAGACCCCGCUGCUUCGAACCCAGCUUCAAGCCAACCUGCUGCCACACAGAACCAACCGACCUCAGCAGCAGACCAACAAUCAGAGCAACCGACGAAUGAAGCUUCUGGUGAAGCCAGUCCUAGCACAGCUCCCGCUCCCGCGCCAACAUCGGAAGACCCAUCACCCUCAUCUGAUGACCCCUCGCCUAGUUCGACAAAGCCCAGCAAAACUACUCAAGCAAAUCCAACUACCGAGGCAGCAGCUCCCUCCUCGAAUGACGACGAACAGAGCACCACCGAUGAUAGUGAGGCUUCACCUACGGAGAUCACUACGUCCGAAGUCUUGUCGACUGUUAUCACUGUGACCGGCAGCCAGGGACCUGAAACAAGCAUUGUUUUGGUAACCGCUGUUCGUACUCAAAGAGUUACUGCAACUGAGGCCUCCGCCUCUGCAACUAGUACUGACGAUGCCGAUGCCAUUGGCGGUAGUGGUAGCGGAAAUGGAAGCACUGGCUUGAGUCAGAAGAGCAAGGUCGCCAUCGGUGUUGCUGUACCAAUUGCUGCUAUCGCGAUCCUCGCCCUCCUGGGUCUAUUCUGGUGGAAGAAGCGCAAAACUCGACGACAAGCCGAGGAGGAGCGACGCAAGGAAGUUGAGGACUACGCCUACAACCCUAACGCCGACCCUACAAUCCCUGCUGUUGGAAUGGCAGACGGCGGUUAUGAGAUGAGAGAGGAUGGAUCUUCAGGUUACCGUGGCUGGGGUAACACCACUCUGGGUUCGACUGGCCGCAAAGCGUCUACUACUUUAUCUGGCGGAUUUACAGGAGCCUAUUCUGACAUCACUUCGCCAACUCGGGGAAAUAUGUCAGAUGGUCGAUCCGGCGAGCCGCUUAUGGAUGGCUCACACUCUCCAGAAGGCGAAAUCAUGGGUGCAAUGGGUCCUUCAGCCGCUAACAACCGUGGUGCUGAUGUGCACCGUGGACCUUCCAAUGCUUCCUCUUCUUACAGUGCUGCUGGCCGAUCCGAUGCUUCAGACCCCAUGGGAGCGGCAUAUGGCGGUGGUGGCGCAUACUACGACCAAUACUCCCAAAACCCAUACAACGAAGCAGGACCCCAACAGGCCAUUAUUCGAGACAACCCGGCGCGACGAAACACACGAAUCGAAAACCCUGCCCACUAUCCACAACAGAGUGCAGGUAUCUCACAAAACUUCUAA